AUGGAUGGUAGUAGUGGUACUGGUAGCAAUGCAAAUUCAUCUGCCGGACCAUUUACUAGUGAAGAAUCUGCAAGCCAAAGUCAUAGACAGAAAGCGGAUAUAUCAUGGGCUCAUGUUUCUGAAGGUGUAAAUGCACAAGGAAGAAAAACUAUGACAUGCAUUUAUUGUCACAAGACAUUUGCGGGUGGGGGCAUAUUUAGGAUGAAGCAACACUUAGCGGGAGCAAGGGGUAGCAUUGUUUCCUGUAAAAAGGUUCCACCAGAAGUUAGGCAUGCUAUUUCAGUAACUUUGAAAGAUAUUUUUGAGAAGAAAAAAGAAAAAAAAGGAGAAUUUGGGGUAGAAAAUCCAUUUGGUCGAUCUGUAGAUGAAUUUGAUGGCGAUGAAGUCCAAGAAAUUCCCAUUAUUCACACUAAAGGAAUUACAAUCAAUGAGGUAAGUGCACCAUCCGAUAAAGGAAAGCGAAAAGCCACUACACUAGGCCUAGGUAUACAUAAUUUCUUUAAAGGUGGGCAUGAUAAUUCACAACCCACUAUCAAGGCUAUUUUGCAAAGUAAAGAAAAAUGGCACAACUGUGAUAUGGCUAUUGCCCGUUGGUUUUAUGAUGCUUGCAUACCUAUAAAUGCUGUUAACUCUCCAUUUUUUCAAAAAGCUAUUGAUCAAAUAGCAUCAAUGGGUCAUGGGUAUAAAGCUCCAUCUUAUUAUGAUCUGCGAGUGCCUUUGUUGCGAGAAGCUAAGAAAGAUUUGACUUUACUUAUUGAUUCAUUUCGAAGUAUUUGGACUGAAACUGGUUGCACUAUAAUGGGUGAUGGGUGGAAAGAUAGUAGACAAAGACCAUUGAUUAAUUUUUUAGUUUACUGUCCUAAAGGUAUAUCUUUCAUAAAAUCUGUUGAUGCAUCUGAUGUUGAGACAAAUGCACAAAAUUUGUGUAAUUUAUUUGCUGAAAUUGUUGAAAUCGUUGGUCCAAGAAAUGUGGUGCAUAUGGUUACUGAUAAUGCUAGCAAUUAUAAGGCUGCUAGAACUCUACUAAGUGAAAAAUACCCAACCAUUUGUUGGUCUCCAUGUGCUGCACGUUGCAUCAAUUUAAUUUUAAAGGAUAUUGGUCAAAUGAAUGAUGUGAAAGCCAUAGUAUCACUUGCUUCAACUGUGACUGUAUUUGUGUAUAACCACAAGUACACUUUAAAUUGGUUGAGAAAGACAAAAGGGUGGAAGGAGAUUAUUCGUCCAGGAGAAACUAGAUUUGCAACUACUUUUAUUGCAUUAAAAAGUUUGCAUGAUCACAAAGAUAGUUUGCAAGCUCUAGUCACCAGUGGAGAUUACAAAAAGUUCUUGAAAAUAGACAAAGGAAAAGAGGUCAAGCAAAUUGUUUUGGAUGAAAAGUUUUGGAAUAAUUGUUUGAUUACAGUGAGGAUUAUGGGCCCACUUAUUCGUCUUUUGCGUGUUUGUGACACUGAUGAAAGACCUUCUUUGGGUUAUGUCUAUGAGGGCAUGUAUAGAGCAAUUAAUGGCAUCAAGAAGCUCUUUAAAAACAAAGAGAGAUUCUACAAGCCUUAUACUGACAUAAUCAAUGAAAGAUGGGAUAGAAUGUUGAGAAAGAAUCUUCAUGCUGCUGCCUAUUAUUUGAAUCCUGCUUUUCAAUAUGAUCCCACAUUUUCUACCCAUCCAGAGAUCACAAAUGGUUUGUUUGAUUACAUAGAAUCAAAGGUAGAUUGGUGUAGUUUGGAUGCAUUAACAUAUGAGAUUGGUAUGUUUCGAGAUCGCCAAGGGAGUUUUGGGCGAAAAUCUGCUAUUCUUAGCAGCCAAAAAAAUCGUCCAGAGAGUUGGUGGAAGCUCUUUGGUUGUGAUGCUCAAAAUUUACAAAAGCUUGCAAUUAGGAUUUUGGGUCAAACAGCUUCUUCUUCCGGAUGUGAACGAAAUUGGAGUGUUUUUGAGCGUAUUCAUACAAAAAGAAGGAAUAGAUUGGAGCAUCAGAGACUUAAUGAUCUUGUAUAUGUGCAUUAUAAUUUGCGAUUGCAAUAUCGGAGUGAACAACCAAAGAGAAGUUAUGAUCCCGUUGAUUAUGAGUCCAUUGAUAAGACAGAUUUUUGGGUGGUGGAAGAAACGCCAAUAGGAGAGCUUGAUUAUGAUGAGUUGGAAGAGGGGCUUGAAGAACUUCCAAUACCUCUGGAAAGUUCGAAUUUUCAAGAAUUUGAAGCUGAUGGAGAUGAAGCUGAGCCCGAGGAUGUUAAUUUGGACUUAUUUCAACAUAGAAGUGUUCUUGUUGAUGAAUGGAUAUGA